AUGGCUUCUAUCGGUCUCGUGGACCCUCUCUUCGCGCCCGAUCGGAACGAAGAUCGAAGAUCACUUCCCGAACGUCAAGGCGUGCUUGGAACGGUCGGUCGUCGUCGGCGACGUCGAGAAACGGAGCUGGAGGGAAGGACACGACGGAAUAGUGAACAGUUACCGACGGUUCAGUCUGGACGACGUGGCGCAAACCUUCAUGGAGGACGCCCUGGGGUACGCGGACGACGUGGUGGCGAUGCAGAAGAGAUCGGUAGAGCGAAGCGCCGUGAAGGCCGUGCUGCUAUUCGUGGACGGGAAAUCUCCGUUCGCGAAACUCGCCGAACUCAAGCGGAGGAGAGAUCACAGGAACGGGAGUUUCCGAAACGGUCUCCGAAAAGUCGGUCACCUGAACGACGAUGCCCUCAGGACGGCCGUCGAAAAAAGGAACACCGUGCUCGAGGAGACGGAAGGGACUUUCGUCGGUCUCGUCGAAUCCUUCGUGCGCUCGAACAGGAACAAGAGCAUGACGAUCGGACACCUGCGAUCGGCGUUGCUCGAGAGCAGGUGGCACGACCGACCGUACGCAGCGUACGUGAUCACCGGCGCCGGCUUCGACGAGUCCGCCGAACGCGACUGGUUCCGACUCAUCGGGCCCGAGUCCGCGAUUCCCUGGUGCACGGAGUUCGAGAAUCUGCUUCCCGAACGGAGUCUGUAUUCGGAGUCGGACAUACUGUUCGGCGUGGUGCACGACCUGCUCAAGUUCGGCAGCAACGUGCCUUCGUCCAACAUCCUCAUGGAGACGUGCGAAAGCGACUGCAUAGUCACGCUGACCGCCAUGCAAUCGGACGCCCUCCUGGUUCGCAAGCGAAACGAGAGGAUGUACCGGAUAGGAAGAUGGUCGCGGGAGAAGCUCGACAGUCCGUUUGGUUGCCUCAACACCCUGAUCGCGGCCGCCUUCCUGGGUUCCGAUUUUCACGGACACGUCGCCGGCGUCGGACAGAAGACGCAGGAGGACAUAUUCGCCAAAGGUUACGUGUUCCCUUUCGUCGACCUUGA